AUCGAAUCUCGUGAAAUAUUUGCUACUAUUAGUCAUUCUGAUCAAGGUGGAAUGGUGUCAUUCCACGAUGACCCUGAUAUGUAUAAUACGUCAAAUACUAUCUUAAAACUUGAGGAACAAAUAGCCAAUGCUACUAGAGUCAGCGAUCGUGUUAUCCAAACUGACCGGCUUAUUGGUUGUAGUAGAGAAUAUCUUAUUAAAAGUAAAAACAUUGCAUCUGGAGGUGUAAUGCCUGGUGGCAGUCAUAUGGAUGAUCAAGAGUUCUUUGCAGGCGGCGGUGGAUUUGACAAUUUCGAUG